ACUACAUCAUCUCAUCUUUCACGCCUUGACUUCCGACGAAAAACCCAGCAGAAAAUUCAGAAGAAAAUUCGAAGAAAAAUACCUUUAUUGCAGUCGGAUGGCGGAGAACCAUGGCGGCGGUGGCAGAGAAGCGGCGGCCCCCAGGGCGGGCCCGCCGCCGCGGCCGACCAUCUCCCUCCCUCCCCGCUCUGCCUACGAGUCCCUCUUCCACGGCGGCGCCGCUGGCGGCGGGGGCCCGUCGGGGGUCAGCCCAGGCCCGCUGACCCUGGUGUCGAGCUUCUUCGCCGAGGACCCUGACUCGGGGUUCCAGUCCUUCACGCAGCUACUUCAGGGGGCGAUGAAUUCCCCCGUGGGAGCGGCGCCGCCUCGGCGGCCGAUUGGGCAGGAGGAGAAGGAGGCGGAGAGGGCUUCGGGCGGUGGGAUGGAGAGAAAAGAGGAGGGUGGGUUGGGGCGGCAGAACCGGCCUUCGAGCCUGGAGAUAACUCAGCCUCUUCAGAUCUUCACGGUGCCGCCGGGACUCAGCCCCACUUCUUUGCUGGGUUCUCCAGCUCUCUUUUCACCCGGACUGGGGAACUUUGGAAUGUCCCAUCAACAGGCGCUAGCUCAAGUCACAGCCCAGGCUGCCCAGUUUCAAUUUAAAAUGCUCAGUCAAGCUGAAUAUCCAGCUUGCCUUUCAGCGGCAACAGCCACAUCCUUGGCACAGGACACAGGCUCUGCUAUCAACAUGACACCAACCCAAGAAAUGUCGACUCUGACAUCAAACACAGAUAAUAACACCUUCAAAUCUGCAGAGGGUCCUCAUGCUGAUCGAAGAUCUCAACCUACAGCUGUUACUGUUGAUAAACCUUCGGAUGAUGGCUAUAAUUGGAGAAAAUAUGGGCAGAAGAUGGUGAAGGGCAGUGAAUAUCCUCGGAGCUACUACAGAUGUACGCAUCCAAACUGUCCAGUUAAGAAAAAGGUAGAGCACUCCCUUGGUGGCCAAAUAACUGAGAUAAUUUAUAAGGGUCAACACAAUCAUCAGCGACCCCAACCAAAUAAGCAUGCCAAGGAAGGUGGUACUUUGUCAAGUGGGCGUAAUGAAUUUAAUGGGAACCCUGGUAUUCCUGCUAACUCCGAACCAGGUUCCCAGGUUUACCCUGGAAACUUCAGCAGAUCAAAUGAGACUAUGCCUGCUCCUUCAGCAUCUAAGGGAGAUCAAGAACCUCGUUAUGGAACACCUGAACAAUUAUCUGGUGCCAGCGACAGUGAGGAAGUGGGCAAUGUUGAACUGAGAACAGAUGAAGGUGGUGAUGACGAGCCUGAUUCUAAAAGAAGGAACAUAUCAACUUCUUCACAAAAGACAGUGGCAGAACCUAGGAUCAUUGUUCAGACAACAAGUGAGGUUGAUCUUCUGGAUGAUGGUUACAGGUGGCGCAAGUAUGGGCAGAAAGUGGUAAAAGGAAAUCCUCACCCAAGGAGCUAUUACAAGUGCACUUAUGCGGGAUGCAAUGUCAGGAAGCAUAUAGAGAGAGCUCCAACAGACCCUAUGGCUGUGAUAACAACAUAUGAGGGGAAACAUAACCAUGAUGUACCUGCAGCCAGGAACAGCAGCCAUAACAUAGCUAGCGCCGGUGUUGCUUCCCAUGGCUUACAACCAAAAGGACAAAAUACCAUAUCCAAUAAUCAAACCUCAAUUAAGAUAACAGACUACAGAAGCAAUGAUCAGAGACCAGUCGCAGUUCUAGAGCUGAAAGAAGAGCAUGAAAUCACUUAAUUUUUUAAGCUAUUCUGCUGUGAAGUAUGUUUCAGACCAUGGGGUGAUGCUCAUGAAGUUAGGUGCUGCAUACGUGGGUACUAUGAAAGACCUGAUCGGGUUCUUCAUGGACACAGCAGCGGUGCAUUCUAAAUUAUCAGGUUUGGACAGGAAGUUCUGCAGCAGGAACAUUAAUUAAAGCUCAUCUUGUGUUGUUGUAUCUGAUCAAUUCAACACCUACCAAACUCCCUCCUUUGGUGAUUGCUGUUCAUUUAUGUGUUCCUUUUGACACCUCCUGAGGUUCUUGACUGUGACUAUCUGACAUCAUUUCUGGUUCAAGAAUACAAGAAGAAUAAUAAGCAAAAUGGAAAAUUUGUACA